GUGUUUUAUUUUGUGAUUAAGUCCAUCCCAUUCUGUAAUUUUUCGAUAGUAUGUAACACUGUGAUUUUAAGAACUGUUUCGGAGAGGGAGUAUGAAUUCUGCUACAAGUGGACAAAUUAAAUAAUCAUCUUAUUCUAACAAGACAGCAGUCAAACAUCACAUUGCUGCUAAAUUAACUUCAUCCUAUCAAGAAUGGACUCCGCUUUCAACCCCUUUGCACUCCUGCAGUCAACGCCAACUGAAGAGCCAGAGGUCAUCACAGGUCAAAGUGCAGAGGUUUUGCCAGAUAUAAGUGACCAAUGUCUGAAGGUCAAAGGUGAUGGGGCAGGGGGUAGUGAUGAGGUCGCAACCUCCGAGGUUCAACAGGUGCAAGAUAUUGAUCGUAUGAUUCAGACAGUCUUCUUGGUGACGGUAGAUCAUGAGGGAGAAACGAAUGAACGUGGGAUGCCCCCACGCUGUGUUUAUCUCAUUGAAACGGCUGAUAAGCUUAAAGAAGACAGUGGAGGUACUUGGAGCUGGCUUGGAUGGGACGUCAUUGAUCAGGCAAUAUUUGAGAGGCUUCUUCUUGAAGACCCAGCGUUCCACGUCAUCACCAUGAACUCGUCGUCUGUGACUUGCUCUCAGGAGCAGAAGGAGGCGGGGGAGAAGGAUGUGAUGCGGUACCUACAGAGAUGCCAUUGGAGUAGCAUCCAACAAUCCAAGACAAAGAAGGGUAAUCUACAUGAAUAUGCAGAGAGGUGUAGACUGGUAGCUGUCUCCAAUGCUGUGACUUGCCUCUUGACUCCGGAGCUCUUCCCUGGGCAGGACGUACACGCCCAAACAUUAGACCUCCUCCUGCAGAACUUCUCCAAAGGCGAGAUGGACAAGGUUGUGGCCUUCCUCCUGGAGAUUGCCGAUGCUAUACUUCUCGAUGAAGACUUUCAAAUCUCUGAUGCCUUCUGUCCUCUACUUGAACUCCUCUACAAAGAAAUGACAAAUUCGCCCUCAUUGUCAAACUCUAGAAAUGCUGCGUACUGUGCUGUGAUAGAGAUAUUCACCAGACGGCCGUGUUUAGCACAGAUUCUAGUGGAGCAUUUGACGCCAAAGGACUCGAAAAAAGCCAAGAGUUACGAGGACUCUGUCAUAGGGAUUCUGCUGUCACUCUCAUGCGUUCCAAAACAUCAACAGCCGUCGGAGUUCUUUGUCAACCCCUCCCGGUCAUCCCAGAGAGACCACAACGCUACCCAGCAAUUCCUAUGGCAGCCAAUAGCCAUAUUGAAUGAGAGUGUCUACAAUAUCUUCAAAGGGAUCUUCAAGUCAUCGACGGAAAAUAAAAACAAACUUCUUGCGUGGCUUGGGAACUGUCUACAUUGUAACUCAGGUCGAGGUAAACUCUGGUCUCGCGAGAUGCCAAACUUUGGCCAGACCUAUGCCAGCGACUCAUUCUUCAUGAACCUGAGCGCGGUCAUGGUGCGGUUCUGCGCACCGUUCACCUCGUCCGAGUCCAGCAAAAUACUGGAUGUAGAUCUGAGCUACAGUCGUCUUGAGCUGAGCGAUGGCGCUGAUGAUGAGGAGAUGAAGACGAAAGGAGUUCAUCUACGAGGUCUUCCUGCUGAAACCUGCUUAAUCCAGCUUGAGGAUGACGCCCCAGGCCUUCCAACCAACCCACCAUACAAAUUCACCACUGAGGUCUUCUUCAUUACUCAGCGCUGUCUCAACAUGGGCUUCCAUAGCGUCUUAGAGAAGUUUAACCGUCUCAAUAAGGAGCUCCAUCGUGUCCAGGAAGCGUAUCAAGAGAUGACUAGACUUGGGACGGCUGGGGCACGGAACCCAGCCAUCGAAAGGAUGAGGGAGCAAAUGGACAUUGCCAUGUCGCUCUUCCUCUCCCUCCGAGCAUCUCUCCUCGAACCCAAACUCAUCCAACACAGCUGGGACCUCCACAUCGCCACAGCCCGCCUUCUCAUCCAGCUGGCAACCACCGAUGACCGAACUACUCUCCGUACCCCAACCUACCCCCUCCCUGACUCCACCCCUCCGGCCCUCGCCCACAUCCCAGAAUUCCUGGCGGAGAACCUGAUCAACUUUAUGCAGUUCCUGCGGAGGUUCUCCGAGAAGAAGUUCCAGGAAGGGGCGGAGUCGCUAGGUCACCUCAUGACCUUUAUCGUGACCUUUAUGGGGAGCAAAGGCCGGAUGAAUAACCCUCAUCUACGAGCCAAACUGGCUGAGGUUUUGGAAGGGUUGAUGCCGCCGAAGGAGCAGAGAAACACUGCUGUGACAAUGUUCAACAGAGAGAAGAUCUUCCUGGAGCAUCCUCUUCUGCCCCUCGUCUCUAGGUCUGUCCUCAGCAUCUACAUUGACAUUGAGUUCUCCGGCGAUGCUCACGCCUUCGAUCAGAAGUUCAACUACAGACGUCCCAUGUACCACAUUCUGAAGUAUCUGUGGAGUUUAGAACCACACAAGCAGAGCAUGAAGGCCAUAGCUGAAGAAUCUUUGCAGUCGAUGGAAGCGGCCAACGCUCCUCUCUUUCUUCGUUUCAUCAAUCUCCUCAUAAAUGAUGCCAUCUUCAUGCUGGAUGAAGCCAUGGAUAACCUGAAGCAAAUCAAAGAGAUGCAGCACAAGAAGGACAGCGGCGAGUGGCGCAGCCUCAGACCGCAGGACCUGCAGCAGCAAGAGAGUUCGCUACGUACGCACGGCGCCAUCGCAAGGUUCUUCAACGUCAUGUCCAAUGAGUCAAUGAAUAUACUCAGUUUUAUCACCAGUGAGAUAAAGACGAUCUUUGUUCAUCCAGUGAUGAUAGAUAGGAUAGCUGCUAUGUUCAACGACUUCCUACUGAAGCUGGUCGGCCCAAAGAUGGGCGCUCUAAAAGUAAAAGAUUUUGACGAGUUUGACUUCAAGCCGGGUAGCCUCGUCCAGCAUAUCUGUCAGAUCUACAUCAACCUCGGUGACAUCGACGAUUUCUGUUCUGCGGUGUCACGCGACGGAAGGUCGUACUCCCCUGCGCUUUUUACUCGUGCUGAUCGCGUCCUUAAGAAGCUCUUUGCUCCUCCAGAGAUGAUUUCUGAGAUGACGUUUUUUGCUGAUAAAGUCAGAGCGAUGGCGGAGAAGCACGAAGAGGAGGAAGAAAUCUUUGCCGAUGCUCCAGAUGAGUUCAUUGACCCCUUGACCUAUACCCUAAUGAGUGACCCAGUGACCUUACCAUCAUCGGGUCAGAUCAUGGAUCGAUCUGUCAUAGCGAGGCAUCUACUCAGCGAUCACACUGAUCCUUUCAAUCGAGCACCUCUGACUAUGGAUGAAGUCAAAUCCAACGAUGAACUACGAGAAAAGAUAAUAGCCUGGAAGAGGGAGAACUCCAAGAAAUAGAGAUCCGUUUCCAAAUACAGUCGACUCUCGUUAUAACCAGCCGUCGAUUUCACCAAACUCUUCCUAACUUAGGAUUAAUCUUAGGACUUAGGACGGGUUCAG